AUGUUAGAAUAACGGAGCAUACUUAAAAUCGCGAAAUUUCAAUUUAUAAUUUUUCCCAAAUGCUUGAGUGUUGCAUUGUCUCCGGUUAACAGUAACUUUUGCUAGACCUAUACUACAUUUCUGCCAAAGCUCGUCAAAAUCAGUAACCGCAAGUUUGGCAGCAGCCCUUGUCAGAUUAUAGCCUAGAAAGAAUUAGCCUCGCUCGCGUCGCUGAGCGAGAACGAGAGCGAGAAAGAGGGAAAGAUAUUCUCCAUAGACUUAUAUAAAUAGACUGCGCAUUCAAUGAGAGAACUUGAAGAAAACAUUAAAAUGAGAGAACCGAUAGCUGAGUGAGUGUGUCUCUGUCUAACAUGUGUCUUGGUGGGGGAAGCUGAAGAGGUGAAGGAGAGUAGGAGAGUUGUACGAGCAGUACUAAUGUUAUGUACGAAUGUUAAAUUGUUGUGGACAAAAUUGUGACAGCAUAAAAAAUGGUACGAUAUUGUUGUAUAUACAAGACAGAGUCUGGAGCUAAUGAAGAUACUUCAAUUCAUAUUGAAAAUAUAUUGAGUGAUGUAGAGGCAACUAGCUCAAGUGAAAUGCUUUUGUCAGUAAAAAAUUGUGGUGAAACUUUAGUUUUGUUGGAUUCAUAUCAUCAAUUACAGGCUAACAAGGAUAACUCAAGUAUAAUUUCAACAGAUAUCACAAAUAUUAACAUACAAGAUUGUGUUGAAAUUGCUGAUUAUAAUGAUGUGAGACAGAAAACUGGUUUGAAAAGGAAAUCAAAUGAACCAAUGAAGGAUAGUAAACGUUUCAAUGCACCUCGGUACAUUGGAGAUCUACGAAGAAAAGACUUUACUAGUGACACAAGUUGGAAAAUUGUCCAAAAGUUUGUUAAAACAUCUAAAUCCCAGAGCAAAGUUUUAAAUCAAAAAGUAAAACGUCUGGACAAGAAAGUGAAAAGUUUAAAAUCAUUAUUGCAUCAUUUGAAGAAGAAUGGCUUAUUAUCAAGUGAAGUUAAUAAUAACCCGACAUGUCGUCAAUUUAGAUCAAGUUACAAUAAAUUAGUAACUCACGUUAAUUCAAUUGUCCCAGAUACAUCAAACUGUAUAUUGCAGAAUGAUACUAAUAUACUAAGAUUAAGUGAUACUUCUACAAGUACAGAAAUAUCUACUGAUAAGCUACCUAGUAUUGUAUUUGAACACGAUUACAUGGGCAGUAAUGGGUGGUCAUGGAAUGAGUACAGCCAUGAAAUUGUGACAUAUAUUGCUGGUUCGAGUGUGAAAAGUAUUAAACCGUCAAUAAAAUGUGAGUUAUGCCUUGAUCAGUUAGAGAAUGACUCCACUUCUUCAAAGCUGAUAACUUUAAAAAAUAGGGUAACGAAAAAUAAAGAAACUACCAAUUCUCAACGUAAAACAGGAUUAAUAACGCCAAGCGAUGAUGUCAUUACUAUUUGUAAAACUGCGGAAAAAGUAUUAAGAAGUACACCAAAUUUAUCCUGUAUGAAAAAUGUGCUUAAAAAAGUAAUGAUGCAUGCCAAAAAGCUUUUACUUCCUUUAAAUAUUUUUUCAAAACUGGAUAUGUUUCUUGAGAAAACGAUUCUUCAUAAUCAUAAACUAGACUUAAUUAAUCAAAUUUUGAAUAGAUAUUUCAAGAUCCGUCUUCAUCAUGAGGCUAAAUCUUCACAAGAUUUAAUUAAACGUAGAACUUUCCACAAUCGUAUGGUUUUAUUUACAAAUCAAUAAGUACAAAUAA